CUUCAGUUUUCGACGGUUUGCUCUUCAGUGCGUUCAGCAGAGUGAUAACUUUAGGUACUUUCUGAAACAGUUUUGCUGUGCCAAGCUUCUAGAUGACUUGGGACAACAUUUUCUGGCCAGACAAAGUUAAUUUUGUAUUACGUGGAAAAUGGAAAAAAUAUACCGUUUACUGGAUUUCAUUUGAUGCUGUUCGUUAGAUACCGGGAAUGCAUUAGUUAGAGAUCGAAAUUCCAAAUCAACUUCUGAUUACUCUAAUUUAUCAAAUCAAAUAUUAUUGAAUAUUUCAGGAUGGAAUGUACGCAAAAUCCCAAUCUUGCUGUAGUUAUUUAUAAGUUGCCAAAACACUUAACCAAAGAAGCCAUGAAAAAAGUGACUGAAGUAGUCUCAGAAGUUGAUAUAGAGCUUAGUUUUAAUGACUCAUCGGGACAAAAAAUAUAUUUUUAUCAGUAUUCCCCGGUAAGAAAAUUGAUAGAAUUAAAGAAAUUACAGAUAAGAAGUGAAUUGUACUAUAUUUAUCCUAUUGUUACAAAUUUGACUGUUCACGGUGCACGUGAAUAUGCUCAUGAAAAUUUUCACGAAUUUGAUAAAUUAAAAUACUUAAUGAGUUUGAGGGGAAGAAUAUCGGAUAUAUAUGUCACAGAAGUUCGGAUUGAUGAUAGAAAAAUCCCAACCCAAAACUACAGAGUCAUCCUACAACUCAUAGAAAACAAAAAUUCACUACCAAAAAAUUUACUCGAUGGUGUACAUUUAAAAGAUAAGGUGUUUACAGUCACUUUUUUCUGUCGUCACUGUAGGGAAGAAAAUCAUUUACGAACUGAAUGCAUCUCCUUUAAUAAAGAUUCUCUUGCAGGCAGUAUAAAUGCUGAAUUAUCUUACACAAUGGUAAAGAAAAGUGUGUUUUCUGCAAUGAAUAUAGCACGUACGUCAUUUUUUAGAAGAAACUCUGUUGACUCUUCCCGUGGACAUGGACCUAAAGGUUAUUCAGAUUUAGCUGAGAUUAUGGAUUCAGAAAAAACCGAAUAUGUCCAAAACGGAGUUAUUCACAAAUCUUUGUCUUCAGAUUUUCGCGAUUCAUUUCAAAUAUUAGAACAAGAACAUCUUAAAACAAAACAAAAUACUCAGCGAAGACGAAGUUCUUCCCAAUCUGUGACUUCAGACUCAUCUUCUCUGAACCCUCAAUCUACUGAGAAAGAGAUUCCAUCUUUUUCAUUGAAAAGGCCUAUUAAAAAAGAAUGCCAAGAAGAAGACAAUGAAAGUUUGAUCAUAAAUUAUAAUGGAAAGAGAAUUAAUUCGCUUAUCUUAAAACGGCCUAUAGAAGAAGAAUGCGGAAAAGACGAAAAUAAAGGAUAUGUUACUAAAAAACGAAGACUACUUUCUUCGUUAGAAGUUGGAUGCCAAUCAUUGAAAAAUGGAAGCCACUCAAAACAAGAUGGACAUCAUUCGUUAAAAGAUGGGGGCCAUUCAUCGGAUGAUGAAGAUAUUUCAAUAGAAUAUGAACGCAUUUUAUCUAAAAAUGCAGAUUAUUCCUUAAAAGAAGGUCAGUCAUUAAUAAACGGAGGUUAUUUGUUAAAAGAUAGAGUAGAUGCACUUAAAGACAGAAACCAUUCAACAGAAGAUGCAAGUGAUUCAUUAGAAGACGAUGGUAGUUCAUUAAAAGAUGGAAACAAUUCAGCAGAAGAUAGAAGCUAUUCCGUUGAAUACAAAAAACAUUUUACAGAAGAUGGAAAACAUUCAAUAGAAGAUGGAAAACAUUCAAUAGAAGAUGGAAAGCAUUCAAUAGAAGAUGGAAAUUAUUCAAUAGAAGAUGGAGGUGGUGGUUCGUUAGAAAAUAGAGGCAAUUCAGCAGGAGAUGGAAAACCUUCAUUAGAAGAUAGAAAUCAUUCAAUAGAAGAUGGAGGUGGUUCGUUAGAAAAUGGAGACAAUUCAGCAGAAGAUGGAGGUGGUUCGUUAGAAAAUGGAGACAAUUCAGAAGAUGGAGGUGGUUCGUUAGAAAAUGGAGACAAUUCAGCAGAAGAUGGAGGUGGUUCGUUAGAAAAUGGAGACAAUUCAGAAGAUGGAGGUGGUUCGUUAGAAAAUGGAGACAAUUCAGCAGAAGAUGGAGGUGGUUCGUUAGAAAAUGGAGACAAUACAGCAGAAGAUAGAAUCCAUUCCAUAGGAGAUGUAAGCCAUUCAACAGAAAAUGAAAAUCAUUUGAUAGAAGACAAAAGCCUUUCUUUAGAAGUUGGAGGUCAUUCAUCAAAGGAUAAAGGCCAUUCACCGGAAUAUAAAAACCAUUCUUUAGAAGUUAGGGGGGAUUCAAAAGAAGAUGAAAACGAAGAUGAUGACAUAGUAAUUGUUUAUCAUCAUAUUGGAAAUUCUCAGUGCAAAUCAAAGGAAAUUUUAAAUGAAAACAUGAAUGAUGAAGUAGCAGCCAGCAUUAAGAAUGAUAAAAUAACCGUCAUUGAAGAAUCAGCGUUAGAAGAAAUUAAAAACGAGCCAGAAACCGAUUUAAAUGCCGAAGGAAAUAUACAAUUCUUAAUGAAUACUGAUGCCAAUCUGAUAGAAGUUAAUGAAAAUAGAGACAAAUAUUUUGAAAAUAUCAUCUUUGGUAAAGAAAUGAUGGAAUCCCUAACGAAUACUGGUCAGGAUCUGGAAAACGUUCUUUUAGAUAAAGAAAAUGGUAACGAUGAUCUAAAUUUGCCUAAUGAAAAUCUAGAGGAAUUUGUCUUAGAUGAAAAAAAUGUGGAUAGUGUGCGGAACUUGCAGACACAACUUAGGGAAAAUGUAGGAAAUCUUGUUGUAGGUGAAGGGAAUACGGAAGAUAUCCCGAACCUGGUUACGCAUCCUAGUGAUGGCCAAGAGAAAAAUAUCAUACAUGAAGCAAUUGGGCAAAAUGUGCUGAAUUUGCAGAACCAUCCAAGUGAGAAUGUAGAAAAGAUUAUAGGUGAAGAAAAUGAAGGUGAUGAACAGAAAGUUCAGACGAUUCUGCGUGAUUAUCUGGAGAAGUUUUGCAUAAAAGAAGAAUCUGCUAUGGAUUUAAAGACACAACCACAAAAGCGAAAGCGAUUUAUUUCCGCUCCUGAAUUGUGGUUCAAAGAAGAGACGGAUACGCUGCCUUAUGAUGAACCUAAAAGAAUGAGGACUUUUGUCAUACCGGAUUUGUACCCUUGUUCGGAAGAAACUGAUCCGAUUCCAGUGAAGGAAUCCGAUAAAGAAAAAGACGAAAGAAAUAAUUUGACUGAGAAGACUUCUUUUGAUGAUAAAACAUUAACCGAAAGUGCUGUAAAAAAGGAAGAAAUAGAAGAUAAUUUUGCAGAUAAUGAAAUAGCAAAAGAAUUGUUGGGGAAAGAGGAAAGAACAGCACAAAAUAAUGAAAUUGAAGUAAUUACUUUAGAAGACGAUGAUGGAGAAAAAUGUUUAUUCGAGAAAAAUGAAAACUGUGUGAAAGAUGAAAAAAUGGAAGAAGCAUUUCUCGUAGAUGAUGAAAAAGAAAAAAAUUUAACCGGGAUAGGAAAAACUACUGUAAAAUGCGAAGAAAUUGAAAUAUUUCUUAUAAAAGAUAUUGAUAAAGAAAAACGUUUUUCCGACAAAAAUAAAAGUAUUGUAAAGAACGAAAAAACAGAAGAGGAUAACCCAGUUGAUAAUGAAAAAGAAAAACGUUUUUCCGACAAAAAUAAAAGUAUUGUAAAGAACGAAAAAACAGAAGAGGAUAACCCAGUUGAUAAUGAAAAAGAAAAACGUUUUUCCGACAAAAAUAAAAGUAUUGUAAAGAACGAAAAAACAGAAGAGGAUAACCCAGUUGAUAAUGAAAAAGAAAAACGUUUAUCCGACAAAGGCGAAAGUAUUAUAAAGAAAGAAAAAACAGAAGAAAAUUACCUAGUUGGUGAUGGAAAAGAAAAACGUUUAUCCGAUAAAGUUGAAAAUAUUGCAAAGAAUGAAGAAAUGGACGACAAUUACGCAGUUGUUGAUGAAAAAGGAAAGAAAUUGCCUGAAAAAGACGAAAAUACUGUAAAAGUCAAAGAAAUUGAAGUCAUUUUUCUCGAAGAUGGAGAAAAAGAAAAAUGUUCAUCCGAUAAAGAAGAAAGUAUUGUAAAGUACGAAAAAUCGGACAAAAAUUACCCAGUUGAUGACGAAGAAGAUAAAACAUUAUCCGAAAGUGCCAUAAAAAAGGAAGAAAUAGAAGAUAAUUUUGCAGAUGAUGAAAUAGCAAAAGAAUCGUUGGAGAAAGAGGAAAGAACACCACAAAAUAAUGAAAUUGAAGUAAUUAUUUUAGAAGACGAUGAGGGAGACUUUUUUCCAGAAAAAGAUUUAUCCAAGAAUGUUGAAAGCAGUGUAAAAGAUGAAAAAAUGGAAGAAACAUUAACUGUAGAUCAUGAAAAAGAAAAAUGCUUAUCUAAAAAAGAUAGAAUUAUUGUAAAGAACGAAAUAAGGGAGGAGAAUUUUCAAGUAAAUGAAGAAAAAGAAAGAAAAUUACCCGAGAUAGGAGAAAGUUCUUUAAAAAAUGAAGUUGAAAUCAUUUUUAUGAAAGGAGAUGAAAGAGAAAAGAAAUUUCCCGAAACAGGGGAUACUGUAAACAAUGGAGAAUUCGAAAUAAUUCUUUUAGACGGUGAUGAAACAGAUAAACAUCCAUCCGAAAAAGAGAAAAGUACUCCAAAAAAUGGAGAAUUGGAAGUAAUUUAUCUUAAAGACGACGGCAUAUUUCAAAUAGUAUAUUAUGCUUCGAAAAAAAAACAUUUAUCUGAAAAAAAGAAAAGCACUUUAAGAAACGAAGGAAUAGAGAUGUUUUUUACAAGAGAGGAUGACGAAGGGAAACAUUUGCCCAAUAAAGAGAAAAGUACAGUAAAAAAUAAAGAGCUGGAAAUAACACAUCUUGAAGAUGCUAAAUUAAAGAUGAUUAAAGAAUUAUUUGGACUUGAAUUAAAUCAUGAUGCUCCUAAAAUAACCCCAAAUGAAACAAAAGAGGAAGAAAUAAAGAACAAAGGAAAUGAUAAUUAUCCUAGAAUUGUCAAGUUUGACGAAAAAGCUUUAAAAAUGUCAAUACAUAUGAAUCCUUCAGGAAAGAGAACUGCUGCAGAUUCAAAUUCAAAUGAAGUGGAUAUCAAAACAAUUCUUCGUUCCACCAUUGAAAAGGCACCAGGUGUUUCAGAUCCACGCCAAGUUGAAUCUUUUCUCAACUGUGUAAAAUGCAAACGUCAUCCUAACAAACUUGCAAGAGCAUUUUCGCCAGAUGUGAGCAAACUGAUAAGUCAGUUACAUCAGAUUAAUGUCAUUUUCAAGCAGGGAAGUCAAAAUCCGAAUUUCCAUUUAAAUGUUAAAAAUUACUCUGGUUGGUUAUGGGAUUUAAUUCUGCGGAUGGAAGGUCAUAAGCAUUGUGAAAAAUGUAAUCCGGAGGUGAAAAAGUAAUUUCGAUUGCAAAUUCUAUAUUUUGAGAAGUCACAAAUAGCAUUAUUCAAAGAAAACAAUUAGGAUUAAAAAUUCCUAUGUAAAAAAAUCAUAAAUUCUUAGCAUUACUUAGUUUAUUAAAUACUUCUUGAAAAAAUAUAAAUUAAGGGUUCAUUCUAUUUUAACAUAUAUUCUUAUAGACUUCUUUACAU